CCGAUGCCAUGCGGGGGUGACGGCGCGGACGGGACGGGACGGGACGGGACGGGACGGGACGGGACGGGACGGGACGGUACAGUACAGACCCCAGCCCAGCCCAGCCCAGCCAAGCCCGACCCGAACCUACCCGUGCCUGGGGCGGCUCCGCCGGGACAGCCCGUGGGGACGGGAGGCUGCUCCGGCGCCACCCGCCGGACCCGUCGCGGUAUUAAAAAAUACAUAAAAAAUAAAAAUGGAUGAACUGGACCAUGGAACGUUGUUUUCAGCUCAUAGGAUUAGUGGUGGAGACAAUUUGGUGGUUCCUGCCAGAAAUGCUCUUUGCAGCCAGAAGUUCAAACCCGUUGACUACAAACAUCUGUAUGAGCUUGCUGCAGAGGCAAAAAUGGCCUCUGCACAAAUUCAGUUAAAGAUUAAAAAAGCAGAGCAAGUUUCAAAAAUUAGCAAAGAGCAAAUGCUGCUGAAACAGCAUCAUCAGGUGUGGUGGCAAGAGUAUAAAAGACUGAGUGAGAGCAGGCAAAAAGCAGAAGAAGAAAUGAAGAGUUUUCUUGAUGAAGAAAGCCAUAAGAACAACUUUUUUUUUGAUUUGAGGGAAUUGGAGCAGAAAUUGUCCAAGGAGUGGGACACUUAUCAAACAAACACUUUAGCUCCUGUCUGGCAGCUAAAGGAGGAUUUGAAACUCCAGCUGUCUCAAGUGCAGCGUUACCUCUCCAAAGAAUCUUGUCAGAAACCCAAGAUCAAUUCAGCUGAGGUGUUACAGCAGAUCAGAUUUAUGAAGAAUCAACAGAAGGCAAUUUUGGAAGGUCUCAUCCUUGAAAGUCUGGCUUUGGAAAGAGAGCUCAAAGAGUACAAGGAAAAUGCAUUAGUGCACUCUUCUGAAGAGAAGAACGGGCUUUUCCUUGAAGUUCCUCCCGAGCUGGUGUCCCUGGAGUGCCCCGACCCUGACCUGCAGGCCUUGGUGAUGGAGGAGUACCAGGAGCUCGCCCGCGGCUACGGGGCCAGGCUCCAGGAGGUGGAUCAGCAGCUGGAGGCUCUGUGCAGGAACAGUGACUGGAAGGAAGAAGAUCAGUGGGUUUUCCAGACUGUUAUCAAUCAGUACCCAAGCGAUCUUCAGAGGAGGAGGACCUUGUACCUGGAUAUGCUGCAGAGGUAUCUUCCCCACAAAUCCAGGCAGGAGCUGGUUGCUCAUGAGAAGGCUUGGGAUCGUUUCCACUCCGUCAGGAGCCAGCGCAGAGUGUUGCUGUCAGCCUGGGCUCAGGUUAGGACAGCCUUUGUCCUCAGGGCCGUGGCUGCUGCUGCUGAAGCUGCUGCUGCUCGUCAGGCAGAAGUGGUGCUGGCUGAUUCCAGGCAAAAGCAGCUGGAGAUCUGUGCUGAUCUGAAAGCCAAGGUUCUACAGUGGAAAGCACAGCAGGAAGAAGCUGCUAAACUAGAAGCUGCUGUAGCUGCCAGAAGAAAAGAAAAGGAAGAUGAGAGAGAAAGGCUACAGAGAGGACAGGAAACCAUCCGUAGAGCUCAGGAUAAAGAGAAACUGAAAAAAUACUGGGCUGAGAAAGAGCUCAAGUGGCAAGAACAAGAGGAGAGAGAUCUACAACAACUGGAGGAAUUGAGAAAAUUAAUGGCUGAACAAGCAGCCAAAGACAGAGAAAGGGUGCAGUUCCGACGAGCCUUGCUGGAGAAGCGGCUGCUGCAGAAGAAGGAGCUGGCCCUGCUCCAGGCCCGGCAGCAGGAGGAGAAGGAGAAGCGCCUGGAAGCGCUCCGGCAGCAGGUUACCAUUGUUGCAAAAUUAGAUCCAGCCAGAGCAGUGGCUGACACGGUGGCGUCAAAAGCUCGGAUGGGCAUUGGAGCCAAGGACGAGGUUGAGCUGCAGCAGCCCCUGUUCAGGUUGCACACCUACAGUGAAGAGCAGGUCAUUUCUGACCCCAGGCUUCGUGUUGAGCUCGCUCUCCGAGAAGCUGGACUGCAUAAAACACUUUAUGCAAGAGAGGUUUUGUCAAAACUUCCACCACCGAAGCUUCCAAGAAGAGACAUGGAGUCUACAGCUUUCAAAAUGUAGAGCACGUCUUGUCUGAGGGGCAGAGCAGCACCAGGGCUCUGGUCUGGCCCACGAUAUGCAAACCCUAAAUUCCCUUUGGCUGUCCUGGGACUGCUCAGUUCCCUGUGUGUGCAGCCAUUCUAAAGCACUCCAAGCCCUUCUGAGCUGGGCUGCUCCACGUCACACCUGCCUGGCGUGGGUCUGGAGAGGCUGGGCUGUGUGCUCCUGGAGUGGGAUUGCCCAUGUCCCUUUGACUGUGAGACACCUUGCUCAAGGACUCCUGCACACAGCCCAGGCCAAUCUGAUGUGCAGCACCUCGAGUAGGAAUUAGUGGGAUUUAACUGGCAGCAGAAGUCUAAAAUAGUUUUGCACAGCAGUUACUUUAGGUUUUAUUAUGUUACAUGAAUAAAUCCCACAAUUUUCUUUCCAAGUUUCUUGAGAAUUUGGUUUUUUUAGUUAUAGAAUCUUCAUUGCCAUGAAUGUUUUUAAUAUUCCUUGAUUAUGGUAAGAUGAAACUUAAAUAUUUGUCUGUAUUUUGAAGGCAACUUGCUGCAUAAUAUUUACUGCAAACCAUUCAUUUAAUUUCAUAUUGCAGAUUAGUUUUUCAGUAUAAAAUAUAAAUAGAGCUGGGAUCUUUAUUUCUUUAUUUUCUGGUGUGACAUACUCCUGAGAGUGAGCACAGGGUCAGCCCAGGAGCAGUAUAAUCCCAGUGUUGCAGCUGAGUUUAGUGGGGAAAUG